AUGGCCGUGCACGAUACGGGGCCGGGCCCGAAACCACGGAUGAUGGAAAAAAAGAUGCGCAAAGAUGGAGGUCGCCAGGGCGCGUCUGGAGCUGGCGCUGGACGCGACAGCAUGCGGGCCGCCAGCCGAGCGCGGGUUGCUGCAAGACCACCUGGCAGCCCCCCGCAUCCAUCAUCCCCACCUGAAGGCUUGGUGUCGGCUGGGUCUUCUCGGACUCAGCAAGCGGCACCCGCCGCUGGUGGAGCACGUCGCAUGCGUUGGUCACAAUUAAUGAACGCAAACGCACUGCGGGCGUACUUUAGGGCAAAAGGGGAAGAAACUGGAUGUUUGGCGUAUCGGGCUCGGAUGCAUCGCUUUUUUGCAGAGCUGGAGCCAUCUCUAUCCGUCACUGAGCAAAACCUGGCAGACCGAGUUCGGUACAUCCUGCGCUCCAACAUAUUUGGUGACGCCGAACUCGAACGACUACGACGUGAGGCUGUUCUCUCAUCAGAUAAAAAUGCUACGGUUUGA